AUGCAAUCUUCGUCCUCCCCAUCGACAUUUGCAGAAGUCAUCGCGUCCCUCGCGGUCCUGCAUCAGGAACAACAUCAAGCCCUGCUGGACCUGCGCACCGACCAAGAACGUCGCUUUCAAGCCAUCGUGCAGGCCCAGCAGGAGGACCGCGAGAGGUUCCGGAGCUGGAUUGACCGGGAGGUUCGCCAGGAGACCAUCGGGCAGCCGGCUGCGCCUACCCACCUGCCGUUGAACAAAAUGGGGCCGUCUGACGACCCCGAGGCCUUCCUCGACUUGUUUGAGCGGUCAGCCGAGGCAAGCUGGUCCCCCUCCUCUCGGGGGAAUCGCAGGUGGCGGCGCAGCAGCUGCCAGCAGAGAACCUCCUGGUCUUUGACAACCUUCGGCCGGCCCUUCGUGUUGGCCCAACAGCUCCGGGACUCGUGCCGCAAAUGGCUACUGGCUGAGGGAAGCGACGUGGACCGGAUUAUCGAUCGCGUGGUACUGGAGCAGUUUAUCACUCGGCUCCCCAAGAAAACAGCCGAGUGGGUCCAGUGCCACCGCCCCACGUCGCUGGACUCAGCCAUCGAACUGGCGGAGGACCACAUGGUGGCGUGCCAAGGGGUCGGCGAACCCCUACCAUCCGCCUCUCUCUCUCCUUCUUUUAAUUCCCCCUCUCUCUCUAAACCUGUCCCUCUACCCAGGUCUCGUCCGCCCGGCCCGCCACGUGUUCCGCCCCGGGGGCGGGGUGGAACGGAACAGGGCCCGUAUUAUGGACCAAGAGCCCCGCCAAGGGGGGCGGGACUCCCUGCUGCCGGGCCGGACUCCGCUCCUGCUUCUCCCCUCUCUCCGCGUCAACCAUUUAACCCGCUCCCUGCCACAAGAGCGGCGGGCAGGUCUGGGCCGGCCUGUUGGCGUUGCGGGGACCCGGAGCACUUUGUGGACAGGUGUCCAGUGAUGGAGGUUGGGACGUUGAUCCGGGUCCCGGACGAUCCGCAGGCUGCCCCCAGUCAAGCUGGCGAGUACCAAAUACCUUAAUUGGCGCGGAGACAGGUUAAAACGCCGCGAGAAGCAGGAGUCGGUGAGAGAGAGGGGAACUGCUGACUGAGCAGCUGGUGCACGACUAACUGGAGUGAAGCCCAUUGUGGAUUGUACAGCCGUGACCAGGAGUGAAGCCCUUUGUGGAUUGUAUAUGCCGUGACUGGAGUGAAGCCCUUUGUGGAUUAUUUUAUUUGCUGUUGUGCCUUGCACAGUUUUUGUUGGACGUUUCUAAUUCUUGAAAUAAAGCUCAGUCAGCAGUU